GCGGUGCCGGAAGCGCGCGCCCGCAUGUGCGCGGAAGCUUCCGGCGGGCAGCGAUGGCGGCGCUGUGGGACUUCGGCGUGAGGGACCCGAAAGAGGCGGGUGGCGGCAGCGGCGAGGACGAGGACGACGACGAAGAAGGAGAAGAUGGAGACGCCGAAGAGUUCACGCUGGACGAGGUGCUGCGUCUCGGCGGCACCAAGCAAGACUACGUGAUGCUGUGCGCCGUGGACGAGACGGAGGAGGUGGUGGACGGCGGCAGGAAGGACGCGAUCGACGACUUGAAGGAAGGGGAGCUGGAAGCGUUCGUCAGUUCUUUGGGGCUCGGCAAGUACGCGAAAAGUUGCUUCGUGGUGGACGAGGGGGAGGAGGACGACAGCAGCAAGGAGGAGAAGCCCCUAAAGAAAGACAAACGCAAGAAGGAAACGAACCCACCUUCAUUAGAAGGGAAAAAAGAGAAAAAGGUCAAGGAAAAGGCAAGUGCUGUGAAAGCCAGCAAGAAAAAACAAGCUGGUGGUGAUCAGGAGCAGCACCUUUCAGCAAAGACAGAGAGGCUGGAAGAAGAUUUUGAAUUUCAUGCUAGGCAGGUGAUACUGGUCAAACCAGGGGGCAAAUGGUAUGACCUAGAAUACACCAACGAGUUCUCUUCAGAGCCACAAAAUCAGAUGCUUUUGACCAAGUAUAAGGCUUUGGCCCAAAAGCUGUACCAGCAUGAGACAGAUUUGUAUAAGAAUAAGACGGAUUAUCAGAAGGGGGCGUCUUCAGCGUGGAUGAAAACUGUUGUGUCAUCGGGUACCUUGGCUGACAGGAUGGCAGCGAUGACCCUUCUCAUUCAGGACAGUGCUGUUCACAGUCUCCAGUUUGUUGAGAACUUGGUAAACCUCGUAAAGAAAAAGGGCAGCAGGCAUCAGAGCCUCAUGGCUUUGGAUACCUUCAAGGAGCUGCUUAUUUCAGAUCUCUUGCCGGAUAAUAGGAAAUUAUGGUCUUUCUCACAGCGACCAUUUAACAACAUAGAGAAGAUGUCGAGUGGCAACAGGGAUUCAAGAGACAGACGUUUGAUACUCUGGUACUUUGAGCAUCAACUGAAACUGCAGGUGGCAGAGUUUGUGCAAGCGUUAGAAACACUGAGUCAUGAUUCUCUGACAGCACCGAAAUCCCGAGCGCUGGCAGUUGCCCAUGAGCUUCUCUGUAACAAGCCUGAGCAGGAGAAAGUUCUGCUUGUUCAGUUGGUAAAUAAACUGGGAGACCCUCAGAACAAACUUGCCACCAAAGCCUCAUAUCUUUUAGAGACGUUACUGCACAAGCAUCCAAAUAUGAAGGGGGUAGUGUGCAGUGAGGUGGAGAGGCUUUUGUACCGGUCAAACAUUAAUGUCAAAACUCAAUAUUAUGCCAUUUGCUUUCUGAAUCAGAUAGUCCUCAGUCAUGAAGAAAGUGCACUGGCUAACAAACUGAUAACUUUGUACUUUUGCUUUUUUCGGAACUGCAUUAAGAAAAAAGACGUCGAAUCCAAAAUGCUCAGUGCUCUUCUUUGUGGGGUAAACAGAGCUUACCCUUAUGCUGACACUGGUGAUGAGAAAGUGAAAGAGCAAAUGAACACAUUGUUUAAAGUUCUGCAUCUUGUGAACUUCAGUACCAGUGUCCAGGCCCUGAUGUUACUAUUUCAAGUGAUGGACUCUCAGCAGACUGUGUCAGAUAGGUACUAUGCAGCACUAUACAAGAAGCUUCUAGAUCCUGCUUUAGCAACCUGCUCAAGGCCAUCCAUGUUUCUUAAUCUUGUCUAUAAAUCUCUGAAGGCAGAUGUAGUGUUGCGCCGUGUGAAGGCCUUUGUGAAGAGGUUACUUCAAGUCACUUGUGGACACAUGCCACCCUUCAUUUGUGGAACCCUGUACCUUCUGUCUGAGCUUCUGAAAGUAAAACCGGAGUUAAGGGUCCAGUUACAGGAUCAUGUGGAAUCAGAUGAUGAAGAGUGCUUUAAGGAUCAAGAAGAGGCUGAAGAGGAUGAGGAAAAAUUUGUGGAUGCAGACAAAGAAGUAGAAAGUGAAGAGAGGAGCACAAUGGAAAAUUCUGCUAAAACAAAUGACUCAAAUUCAACAGCCUCGUGGGUGCAUCAUCUGAAUAUGAGAGGCAGGAAGCGUGGAACUUCAUAUGACCCUAUGCACCGGAGUCCUUUGUACUGCGGUGCGGAAAGUACAAGCCUUUGGGAACUGAAAAAGCUUUCUGAACAUUUUCAUCCAUCUGUGGCCCUAUUUGCAAGAACAAUUCUAGAAGGAAAUCACAUUCAGUACUCCGGAGACCCUUUGCAGGAUUUCACAUUAAUGAGAUUCUUAGAUCGCUUUGUGUACAGGAAUCCCAAACACCACAAAGGCAAAGAAAACACCAGCAGCGUGGUAAUGCAGCCAAAGAAGAAGCAGUUUAUGAAAGAUAGGCAGAAUCUGGCAGUCAACAGUAAGGAAUUCCGUGCCAAAGAUGAGAGCAAAAUCCCAGUGGAUGAAGUGUUUUUUCACAGAUUUUAUUCAAAGUUUGAUAAGAGGAGAGAGAAACAAAAGCGUCAGGAUGAUGAAGAAAGUGUGGAAGAUGUAGAUGAUGAUGAAUUUGAAAGAGCAUUGGAUACAUUUGAAGCUGCUGAUAAUGCCAUUGACAUUGGCCAGGAUGACCUUGAUUUUGCUGGUAAUAUAAAAAAGAAAACCAAAGGCGGUAAGAAAGGCCAAAGAAGCGAGGACUCCAGUGGUGACUGGGAGGAUUCUGAUGACGAAGAUGAUUUUAGUGAUCUGGAUGAUGAAGAAGUCUCCUUAGGAAGUAUGGAGGAGGAAUUUGGAGAGGAUAUGGAUGAAGAGGGAGGAGUAUUUAUGGAUGUGUCUGAUGAUGAUAAAAGCCUAGGAUCCAACCGAGGAAAGAAGAGAAAACUCAAAGACGCCAGUAUACUGGCAUCUGCAGAAGAGUUCGGUUAUCUGCUGGAUGAAAAUGCUGGGUCUAAGUUUGACAAUAUCGGAAUGAAUGCCAUGGCCAACAGGGAUAAUGCAAAUAUCAAACAGAUCCAGUGGGAAAUAGAGCGUGACAAGUGGCUUCACAAUAGGGAUGUGAAAAGCAUCAUCAAAAGGAAGAAGCAGUUCAGGCACAGAGGGCUGAAAAGCAAGUACAAAGGCAAGAAAUCAAAAAGAUGAAGUGGACAUUUUAAUGUGGACAUUUUAUAAUUAUUCCAAAAUAAUUUUACAAAUGAUCACUCAUCUUUCUUACUUUAGUUCUUGCUGCUUAACCAUGUCAUUUGGUCAUUCUCCCUUAUGCCAUGAAUUCCAGACCACUCAUUGGAUUUGUAAUACACUGAAAAACAGGAACAUCCAUGUCAGCUCUAAGUCAGACAUGUCUGAAGGUGAGCCACUUUGUGGCUUGUUUUGUUGGAUAUAUGGUCCUCCAGUUCUGAGGACUCUAUCCAACAGUCUGACGCUCCAGCCAGACCUACACCUAACAGUGAACACUUCUGCAAUGACUGCUGGGGUAAGUUUUAUGCAAUAAUAAAAUCAGUUUUAAAACAUGAGAUGCAACAGACUUCAGCCAACAACUACAAACCUACCUUCCAGAAUUGACGGAAACCUCUUCUGCAUUGUAUAUCUGAAAUCUGGCAAGAAAGAUAAAUCACAGUUACUUUACCAACAUAUUUUAAGACAAAUAAUUAAAUGCACUAUUUUUUGAACCUGGUAAGUUCUACUUAAGUUUGUCUGAGCUCCUUACUUACAGCCACCAUUAAAUAACCUGAUUUGAAUUUA